UGAGUCCCAUUCAUCUGUGCACUUGGGCGUUGGACGCGCAUCUUAUUAGCAGCAAGAGGGAUUUUCCAUUUUAGCAGCCUGGACGUCGGAUUUUAAUAUUCCUCGCCUUGGCCUUAUCAUUUCUUCACCCUCCUCCACCGCGGGACCGUGCUUUCAUUUGUCCGCUGCUGAGAGAGAGCAGAGCGGGGGACGCAGCGAGGGGCACCCCGUUAUCACGCAGACUCGGGUCUUUGUUCGCUUUGGAUCGCCUGCUCAGGGUUCUUUGUUGGAGCGAACGGCAGCAGAAUGGGAGCGCAACUAGCGAGGGCAACUGGGAAAGCCGAGCUGGCAGCUGAAAAACCCGGAGAGGCAGCUGUUUCACCCGCCAAAACCAACGGACAGCAGGAGAAUGGCCAUGUCAAAGCCAACGGUGAUGCUGCUGUUGAAGCAGGCAAAGAGGAAGUGCAUGCCAAUGGCAGUGCUCCUGCCGAGGAGGCUCCCAAAGAGGACGGAGAUGCCAAAGCCGAGGCCCCUGUAGAGAAUGGAGCAGAGGCAGAUAAAGUAGAGCCAGCUCCUGAGGCCGAAGCUAAGCCUGAGGAAGCCCAGGCCUCCACCAGCGAGACCGAGACACCCAAGAAGAAGAAGAAACGCUUCUCAUUCAAAAAGUCCUUUAAACUCAGCGGAUUCUCCUUUAAGAAGACCAAGAAGGAGACUGGAGAGGGAGCAGCUGAGGCUACCACAGAGGCCGCUGAGGCCCCAGAGGCAGCAGCAGAGGAGCCUAAGGCCGAAGAGGCGGCUGCCCCCAGCACAGAGCAGCCAACGGAGGAGCCCAAAGCCGUGACAGAGGCCCCUGCAGCAGAGCCCCAGCAGGCAGCCCCCACAGAGGAGCCCAAAGCAGAGGAGAAGCCCACUGAGCCUGCCCCUGAGGCCCCUAAAGAAGAGCCUGCCCCGGCUCCAGUAGAGGCGGCUCCUGCCCCAGAAGAGCCGGCCCCUACACAGGAGGCAGUGGCAGCUGAGGCCCCUGCAGAGGUCCCUGCAGAGGCCCCUGCUGAUGCUCCAGCUGAGAGUGCAGAGUGACAGUGCCUCCUGGAGGCUGUCUUCAGAACUCAAACCGAUCUCAACCCUUUGUAGUCCUGUCCCAUUGGCCCCUGACACAAAACUCGCUCAGUCCUUUCCUGCCCUGGGCUGACAGUGGGUGGCUUUGAUUUGUAAAACCAAUUAACUACAUCAGCCAUAUAUUUUUUAAACAGUAUUAUUUUUAUUUUGGGAUUUUUAUACAAAAUGUAAAAAGGACAUGGCCUUAGGGUGCAGCUGUCAGCGGGGGUAUAGGUCACCAAAUGAUAAUAAGUCUAAAAUCCAAUAUGAGACCAGCAUUCACAGAGGAGGACACAAUGUUUACAACAGCAGCCAGCCUUAGCCCUCCCUCAGUGACUCUGUAGGAACACACCUCUAUAGGCUUUCUUGUAUGUUGAUUUUCUGACCUUAUUAAAAUGUAAGUAUGUAUAGGUGGGGGAGUUUUUAACUGUGAUUAUUGUACAAAACGAAAUCUUGAUCUCAAGGAGCACAUGAAGUUUGCAGAUUAUUUCCAUCCUGUCAUUUUUAAACCAACACAUUAAAAACAAACCAGAUGAACUUGGACCCUGACCAAAUUGUGACGUGCAAAGCGUUACUGUCUACACUGUGGCGUUCAGAGCAUACUGAACCUGGAGACUUCAGAUGCAAAUGUUUGUGUAGCAUCUUGUUCUUGUUUUCUUUUUGUAAAUAGUGAAGACACUUUGGCCAAAUUUGACUUUGAGAUGGAAUGUAACUUUGCUUACAAAAAUGCUAUUAAAAUGUCUCUGCUUAA